CUGUUUAUUUUCAGUUCCUCUGAAAAUUUUACACCAACCAAGCUGAGAAUACUACUUUAAAGCUACCAUGUCUUUACCAUUUCUACCUGGUUAUUCACCAAAUAAACAGCUGGGAAAGGAGAAGUUCCACAGGUCCCAAAUUUUUAACUACUUCAGCGGCGUCCCUGUGCUGUGGCUCGACAAACCAGGCAUCGGUGGAGAGUUACUAAACGGUCAGAAAAAGAAGCCCAAGUGUUUCGUCUUCCCUAAAGGACACGGAAGUGUCCUACCAUCAUGGGUGGCUUUUGAUAAGCAGGCUCUAUGCUUUGAUGCGUACUUUCAGGAGACAGUGACUCAGGCUCAGCAGGAGACUUACAGAAUCAGGAAGUGUAAAAUCUUCUUCUACCUGGAGGAUGACACCAUACAGGUGGUGGAAGCCAAGAACAAGAACAGCGGCAUCCCUCAAGGAACGCUAAUCCAUCGUCGCCGUAUCCCACUGCCGCCCCCAAAUGACAACCAAUUCUAUAACGUUUAUAAUUUCAACAUCAGCCAACAGAUGGUGCUGUACUCACGAACUUUCACUUUGACCAACUGUGAUGCUUUUACAAGAAACUUUCUGACAAAACUUGGGGUGCGUUUAAAUGACCCCACAGCUGUACCCGAUGACCCCUACAGCACCUUGAGGGCAGAGAUGGAGAAAAAUAUGAAGCCUCUCAGGCCGUACGAGAGACAUGACACACUGAAACAGUUCCUGGACCACGAUCACAGCGUCCUGCGCUUUUAUUGCUUCUGGGAUGACACGGACAGCGCGUCCGGUGACCUGCGAGAGCUGAUACUCUACUACUUCCUGGCCGACGACACCAUUGAGAUCUGUGAAGUCUUCUCUCCGAACUCUGGGCGAUAUGCCGUUCCCAAAUUCCUGCGGCGCUGCAAACUCCCAAAGCACUUGAGCACUGCAGCGAAGCAGCCCGGAGAGACCACGGAGCGCACGGUGCUCAACGUGCUCACCUCCAGGAGUCAGGGAAACUGCUACAUUCUGGACAGCCUCAGAACAGGAGCCGUGCACGAGGAGUUUUACAGGGACUGUGACCUGAAGAUAGGCGGCGAGGUCAACGUGUGCGGCAGGAGAGUGAUCCUCUGUGACUGUGACCAAUUCACCAAAAACUACUACCGCUCCAAAUACGGAAUAGAGGACUUCACACCAGUACAGUAUAAAAUGGCCCCAGCCCCUGAACCUCCAAAGCCCGUCCCCCCUUACACCGGGUUCGGGUCUGAAGAGGAUUCGUUAUGUUCCUGCAAGAGCCUGCUGCCCAAACAGCCGAAGAAAGAUUUCCGCAAACUUAUGGAGAAAGACAGAUGUGGUCUUCAGAGUAACGUGCUGCAAUUCCGAGCCAAGAUGGUGACCAGCGAUCCAGCUGACAGAGUGUUCAUCAUCUCGUUUUUCCUCUGCGAUGACUCCAUCAGUGUGUUUGAACCCCCACAGAAGAACUCAGGAAUCAUUGGCGGGAGGUUCCUGGGUCGUGGGCGUGUGAGGAAGCCGGGACAGGAGCUGUUUAAAAGUCAGCCGUCUGAGUUCUUCACGGCCCAGGAUCUGUACGUUGGAGCCGUCCUCAACCUCAACAACCAGCAUUUCCAGCUCCUGGAGGCUGACGAGUUCACGCUGGCCUACAUGGAGCAACACGCCGAGGAGUUCCCAAAAGCCAACGUGGGCACCAUCCUGAGUAAACUUCGUUCCAUCCCAGAGGAGAAAAAGAAUGAGGUCAAGAGGUUUUUGACUCUCAGCGACCCCAACUGCUCCUGCUUCAUCUCAUAUGAAUCCUUCAGGGGUCUGCUAACGAGUGCGGACUGCGGGCUGUCGGAGCACGAAGCUGUGGCGCUGGGUCGGUGUUUUUCUGAACCUGAGCAGCCUGAGGUGGACGUGGGUUUGAUGCUGGCUGUGGCUCAGGACUUCCUCAGGAAGAGAGACUUUGAUAAGUUCCCCGAAAUGACCAGAGCCUUCAAACACCAAGACCAGCUCAGGACGGGCCGACUCUCCUCCAAAGCCUGCAGGACCAUCUGUAAGGCCUUUCAGCUUCCUCUGCCUGAGAAUCUCCUCACACGUCUGCUCGACGGGUACACGGAGGUGGACGAGGUUGACUACAACGCCUUCCUUGGUGGCAUUAACUGGGCAGAGAACCCUGCUCUUCCAGUCCUGGCUGAUGAUGCCUUAAAGUUUGAAGUGAACUUGAGGUCCAGUGGUUCUUCAGUGAAGAAAGUCAACUAUUCGGUCAUGUUGGAGGAUGUGUUUGGAGGGGCCACAAACAGCACUGAUCCAAUAGCAGUUGCUGCAACAUAAUUGAGUUUAAGCAGCAACGGUUAAGUUCUACUAUUGUGACUGGAAAUGGAUUUACUUUUCUGUCAUAGUGGUGUACAUGAGGAGUUUAGGCAGACGUGACUUAAAAAUGUCAACUACUGUUUGUACCAUAUUUCCCAGACUAUACAUAGCACCAGACU